AUGGCACUGAUCGAGUGCUCCGAGUCGCUUUCUUCCGCCACAAAGGCGAAGCUGCGGGACGCCGGCAUCCUCUACGUUUCGGACGUAGUCGCCCUCCUCUCCUCUAAGUGUUACCACGCUGGUGAUGACAGCGAGGACCAGGUGCUUUCAGUGUUGCGGCAUCCCAGCGCCCUAUUGAGGCAUCAAGUAUCAAGGAGCGACUCCCGUCCGCCGCGCCGACUGAAACCUGAUACUCCCGGAGAGCGUGGUGGCGCUUUCGAUGAUCAGAGCGAGCCAGCCCACAUCUCGGCGCUACGAGAGACGGCGAUGCGAUCGACUCUCCGCAAAGUGGCUGGCGCGUCAGGGUUUCUGAAUCUUACCGAGGACGAGGUGAACGAGAUUGUGGAAAUGGCGAUACACGCCACAGUAAUGGCCGACGAGGCCUCUAAGAAACAUAGUGUUACUGCUUCAAGCGCGCAAGGGAGGCAUUCCUCUUAUGGCGCGUUAUCCUCUUCGCCUCCUCGUCCUCCGGAGUCCCCAUCUCGGUUCACUAACUCUGCACCCAACACACGCGAGAACGCCCAUGCGACUGACAGUCACACUGGUGCAAUCCCGGGGUGUCGUACGCUACGUGAGCUCUAUGCGGAGGUCGAGGCCCGGCAGGCACGGGGUCUUCCGACCCAUGUGACAACCUUUUCUCGCCAACUCGACGGCAUACUUGGCGGUGGCAUUCCUGUUGAUGGCGUGACCGAGAUCAGUGGCCCUCCUGGUGUUGGGAAGACACAGCUGCUAAUGCAGUUAGCUGUUAGCUGUGCCAUGCCAGUAGAGUUCGGAGGGAUGGGUGGGGCGUGCCUGUUCGUGGAUACAGAGGGCAGCUUUGUAGUGGAGCGCUUAGAGCAGAUGGCGACGGCGGCGGUGUCGCUCGUGCGCACCAUUCUGUUCUCUCGAUCGUCGCUGCCACGAAGUGAGACGGCCGUUGCGCCACCAGCAGUUACGCGACAGCCUCCCGGCUCGCAUAGAAAGCGAUGCCGAUCUCCACCACUGGGGCCCCACACGGUGCCGUAUUCACACGGUAGUUGCCCGACGACGGGGGGCACACCAGGUAUUCAGGAAGAGUUUACUGUGGAGUCCGUGCUGCAACGCGUCCACUACGUUCGGGUAACAGACCUGGCAGGACUACUCGCGCUCCUAUACAGUCUACCGUCGUGGCUUGAGGAGGAGCGCAGCGACGAGGCGAAGGCUGUUGACACGGGGAGCACAGCUGCUACGUCGACAUGCUCUUCAAGGCAGGACAAGAGCGCAGGCAGCGGUGUGCGCGCGACAGUGCGGAUGGUGCUGAUCGACUCUAUCGCGCUGCCGUUUCGCUCCUCUGACGACUUCCAUAGAGGCAAUUUCGGGAGGAGCACAGGUGGUGGUGGGGACAGCGCCAUGGAUCUACUCAGCUACACAGGCAGAGGUGCCGCGCCUAACAGCCUCCUCUUGCAGUCCCCCCACAGGCUCUUGUCGAAGCACGGACUCUGGCAACGCUCGCGGCUGUUGUUUCAGUGCAGUACGCUGUUGGAGCACGUGGCAGCUACAUUUCAGCUGGCUAUCGUGGUGACCAAUCACAUGACAACCAAGACACUGCGCGACGUUGCCUUGAAUCACCCCACCAACGGAAGCGCAACAGAAGGACCCGCUUGCUCUGCUGCAGCUGCUGAGGGCAACGCCGGCCAGCUGCGGCAGAACGUUCUCGUUCCGGCCCUCGGCGACAUGUGGAGCCAUGGCCUCUCUACACGGCUUCUGCUUUCUUUUCAUCACUACGAUAUCCCAGUCUGCAGUUUUGUCGAUCUACCAACUUCUCCGACGACCGCUACAGUCUGCACAGAAGACGUCGUUUACUCCCUGACAGCACGGCAGCAGGCUUCUUUACGCAGCGUCGCGCAGCACCGGGUGGUGCGUGUGCUCAAGUGCAGUGGCCAGCCGAGGCGAGAAGCGUGCUUCCUUAUCACGUCGAAGGGGAUCCGUGAUGCUCGCAAGGACAUGGUGUCGCAGCGUUUUGCUAACAGUGUUGGUGCCAGCGAGUCGCACCAAUAG